GUCGACUAUGGCGGAAUGCAGCCAAGUUGACAGAAUCGACGCCAGUCGUCAUCAUACCAUGGAUAAAAGCAUCACCCUGCCCCCUGACGAAAUAUUCCGAAACUUGGAGAACGCCAAGCGCUUCGCCAUAGACAUAGGUGGCUCCCUCACCAAACUUGCUUACUAUUCUACAGUUCAGCACAAAGUGGCCAAAGUUCGCUCCUUCGACCACUCUGCCAAGGAGGCGGCCGGCGACAAACUUUACGAGAUCUCGGUUCAGGAGGAGGUGACGGCGCGCCUGCACUUCAUCAAGUUCGAGAACGCCUACAUCGAGACCUGCUUGGACUUUAUCAAAGACCACCUGGUCAACACCGACACCAAAGUCAUCAAGGCCACGGGCGGCGGGGCGCACAAAUUCAAAGAACUGCUGGAGGAGAAGCUGAAACUCAAAGUGGACAAGGAGGACGAGAUGACGUGUCUGAUCAAGGGCUGCAACUUCGUGCUGAGGAACAUCCCCCACGAGGCCUUCGUGUACGCCAAGCACGCCGACUCCGAGUUCCGCUUCCAGACCACGCAGCCGGACAUCUUCCCCUACCUGCUGGUCAACAUCGGCUCCGGGGUCUCAAUCGUCAAGGUGGAAUCGGAAGAUAAAUUCGAACGCAUCGGAGGAAGCUCGAUAGGCGGAGGGACGUUCUGGGGCCUCGGGGCCCUACUCACCAAGACAAAGAGGUUUGACGAGCUGCUCCAACUGGCCUCUAAGGGGCAGCACACCAGCGUGGACAUGCUGGUCAAAGACAUUUACGGAGGAUCUUACGGCUCGCUGGGCCUCACUGGCGACCUGAUUGCGAGCAGCUUCGGGAAGUCUGCCACUGCUGACAAAGAGUUCUCCAAAGAGGACAUGGCCAAGAGUUUGCUGCACAUGAUCAGCAACGACAUCGGGCAGCUGGCCUGCCUGUACGCCAAACUCCACCAGCUGUCUCGCGUGUACUUCGGGGGCUUCUUCAUCAGGGGCCACCCGGUCACCAUGCACACCAUCACCUACAGCAUCAACUUCUUCACCAAGGGGGAGGUGCAGGCCUUGUUUCUGAGACAUGAAGGCUACCUGGGGGCCAUCGGGGCUUUUCUCAAAGGAGCGGAGGAAGACAAUCCAAACCAGUACAGCUGGGGGGAAAAUUACGCCGGGAGCUCCGGCUUGAUGAGUAUUUCUCCGGACAUGAAUCCCACGCAACGUGCACGUAGCGGAACGUUCGACAUGCUGGAAAUGGACCGGCUGGAGCGUCAGCUGGUGAAUCUCCAUCUGCUGCAGGACCCGUCUUCCUACAUCCCCGACACGGUGGACCUCACCGAGGACGCCCAGGCCCGGGAAUACUGGUUGGACUGCUUCGAGGAGGCGCUAGACGGGGUGGUAAAGCGGGCAGUGGCAAGCCAGCCAGACAUGGCCGAGUCGGCGGAGCGGGCCGAGAAGUUCCGUCACAAGUACAGACACAAGCUUCAGACCCUGCGCCACCAACCCUUCGCUUACGGAUCUCUGACGGUCAGAAGUCUUUUAGACACGAGGGAGCACUGUUUAAACGAGUUCAACUUUCCCGACCCCUACUCCAAGAUCAAACAGAAGGAGAACGACGGCGCUCUCAAGUACUACCAGAAGGCCGUCAGGUCUCUGGAGGCGCUGGGCUGGGAGGAAAGACAGUUUGCGCUGGUCCGGGGCGUCCUGGCCGGGAAUGUCUUCGACUGGGGAGCCAAGGCCGUGUCCGACGUCUUGGAAUCAGACCCCGAGUUUGGCUUUGAGGAAGCAAAAAGGCAGCUGGAAGAGCGGCCGUGGCUCGUGGACUCGUACGACCAGUGGCUGCAGAGGCUUAAGGGGCGUCCUCACAAGUGUGCCUUGUUUUUCGUAGAUAAUAGCGGCGUAGACAUCAUUCUAGGAGUGAUGCCUUUUGUCAGGGAGCUCCUCUCUCGGGGGACGGAGGUGGUGCUGGCCAGCAACUCUGGCCCGGCCCUGAACGACGUCACAAACGGUGAGCUGCAGAUUCUGACGGAAAGAAUCGCCGCCAUGGAUCCGGUCGUUCAGGCGGGCCUGAGGGACGACAGGUUGACCUUGAUUCAGAGCGGUUCCAGUUCUCCCUGCCUGGAUCUGAGCCGCCUGGACAAGGUCCUGGCCAUGGUGGUGCGCGAGCGUCACACGGACCUGGUGAUCAUCGAGGGCAUGGGCCGCGCCAUCCACACCAACUACUACGCCACGCUCAGCUGCGAGAGCCUCAAGAUGGCCGUCAUCAAGAACUCCUGGCUGGCGGACCGGCUCGGCGGGAAACUCUUCAGCGUGGUCUUCAAGUACGAGGUGCCGCCGGGGGGAGCCCACGCAAAUGCCGUGUGACACCCCCCCCCCCUUCCCCCCAAUCCCCCGGAGGCUUUUUAGACUGAACAUAAUGAAUGUAAGGAUGAUGAGUGAAUGUUUUCCAGGAGCGAGGAAGUACUACAUUUAUUUGAAAAGCACCAUGAAUUUUAUUGCUUUGGUUCAUUACUCCACUCAGGCUGGAUUUACAGCGCGUGUCCAAGUGCUCAAUUUUUACAGUGAAACCACCGCAAUUGAGGAUGAGCCUUGCUGUGAUCCGCAAAUAAUUGAUGCCUCCGCAAAAAUGGGCUGUAAUUGCCUUUAAAUGUCACAAGAGGGCGGUAAAACACGACGGAGGGGCAUAAAACAUCGGCACCAUGCUUCUUGCCUGUACACGAUCAUAAAGCCAUGUUACAUAAACGUUGUAGUUAUGGUUUCCCUCAGAGGGCCAUUAUGACUGCAUAACCCGAAAAAUGUUUAAUCGCCUCAUCAAAAAUCCAUCCAUCCAUGUUCCGACCCGCUUAUCCUCACGAGCGUCGCGGGAGUGCUGGAGCCAAUCCCAGCUGUGAUUGGGCAGGAGGCGGCGUACACCCUGAAUUGGUUGCCAGCCAAUUGCAGGGCACAUAGAGACAAAUAGUCGCACUCACAAUCACACCUACGAGCAAUUUUAGAGUGUCCAAUUAAUUUUUUUGGGGAUGUGGGAGGAAACCGGAGUACCCGGAGAAAAACCCACGCAGGCACGGGGAGAAUAUGCAAACUCCACACAGGUGGUUCCGGGAUUGGACCCGGGACCUCAGAAUUGCGAGGCCAACUAUUGACCAGUUGAGGCACCGUGGCCCCCCUCCCGCCUCAUCACAUUUACAUCAAUUUAUGACCUUUUUUUGGAAUCAGAAAUCAAUGGUUAUGAGUUUUUCAGCUAUUUUUCACGUUUGGUAAUUCAAAAAGGCUUGUAAUCUCACAACGUUAUCAUUUAUGGAAUAUGACAUUUGGAAAUUUUGGUCCAGAUUUUCACAACAACCAUGGAAGUUGACAAACUAGAUUUGGCCUAUGGGGGCCACAAGAAAUCACAUGGCGGGCUGGAUAUGGCCCCCGGGCCUUGAGUUUUACAUCCAUGAUUUUGAUUAACAGAAAAAAAAAAAAGAUUUAUGAUGUGAAAAUUUUAAAUUUUGGUCCAGAUUUUACAAAAAUAAUGAAAGUUGAUACACAUGAUUUGCCUUUGCGGGCAACAUCUGACCCCCGGGCCUGGAGUUUGACACCGGCACCUUAGAACCCUUUUUCACCCUCACAGUUGGCUGUUUUUAUCUUCGGGCGGGGGGGGGGGGGGGUUAAAAAGUAAUCCAGUAAUCCACUACAUAACACCAAGCGCCUUUAGAUCAAGUUGUGGCCAUUCCUCUUUCAUAUUUUUAUUAAUAAUUCGACCCAGUUCUACAACUUGAGCGUGCAGUUUGCCGCCCAACCACGCCCAAAACUGAAAAGUUUUGUGUUCUGUGUCAUUUGCGCUGCAGUGUCUCUUCUCUUAUCAGCGCACGGAGUAGCCACCGGAGUUCCGGCGCAACGGCGUCGGGGCCGUCAGUUGCCGACGGCGAUGUCGCCGGGUGAGUAGGGUGACGUUUUGUCGGCUUUCAUGUUUUCGGGGAUCAUAGUUUGUGGUAUAUUUCGGGUCUAAGCUAAUAAUGCAUGCCCUGCGAUUAGCUGUCAACCAGUUCAAGGUGUACCUGAAGUAACCUGGGAUAUGCGCCGGCGUUCCCGUGACCCUUGUGGGGAUAAGUACCUCAGAUCAUGGAUGGAUGGAUGGAUGGAUCUAUUAAGAUAAUCCCCCCGAAAAAGACCCACCCUGUUGAUUUUUUUUUUUUUUUUUUUUUUAAACUCAAGUUCAUACGCGCAUCUUACAAUCUCUACACAGGAACGUUGGAGCGCAGAUUUGAACUUGAAACCUCAUUUCAAACCUGCUCGGCAGCCGUAACAAUAACCACUAGGGCACUGUGCGACCCACCAUUGUCAGGUAUUUUGAUGAAAAAUUUCAUCCCUGGCGGCACGGUGGACUAGCUGGUAAAGCGUUGGCCUCACAGUUCAGAGGUCCCAGGUUCGAUCCCGGACCGGCCUGUGUGGAGUUUGCAUGUUCUCCCCCGGGCCUGCGGGGGUUUCCUCCCACAUCCCAAAAACAUGCAACAUUAAUUGGACACUCUAAAUUGCCCAUAGGUGUGAUUGUGAGUGCGGUGCGUUUGUCUCCAUGUGCCCUGCGAUUGGCUGGCGACCAGUUCAGGGUGUAACCCUGCCUCCUGCCCGUUGACAGCUGGGAUAGGCUCCAUCACUCCCUGCGACCCUCAUGAGGAUAAGCGGCAAAGAAAAUGGAUGGAUGGACAGUAUAUGUUAUGUAUUACCUGGCGGAACUGUGGGUCAGCUGGAAUGCGUUGGCCUCACAGUUCUGAGGUCCCGGGUUCAAUCCCGGACCCGCCCGUGUGGAGUUUGCACGUUCUCCCCGUGCCUUUUGUGGGUUUUCUCCGAGUACUCCAGUUUCUUUCUACAUCCCAAAAACAUGCAACAUGAAUUGGACACUCUAAAUUGCCCGUAGGUGUGAUUGUGAAUGCUGCUGUAUGUCUCGAUGUGCCCUGGGGUUGGCUGGCAACCAGUUCAGGGUGUACUCUGGGAUAGGCUCCAGCACUCCCUACGACGCUCGUGAGGAUAAGCGGCAAAGAAAAUGGAUGGAUGGAAUUUAAUCCCUGCUGCUAAUUUACCACAUUUACGCCAUAUUUGACUGUAUCCAUUUGCUUUAAUUUCAAUGUACAACUGGUAUAUUUUAACGUGUCGCAUGAUCCAAGUCAUAUUUUUAUCCACAUUUAGAAAAGAUCCGAGCCGGAUCUGAAGAUAUCAGAUUCAGUGCAAUUUUUUUUUCUCCUCUCUCGCUCUCUCUCUCUCUCUCUCUCAACGCUAUCACGACACGUUGUGUGACUUGAAAGCAAAGAAAUGGAAAUUGUUACUCGGGUGCAAAAAAAAAAAAAAAAAAAAGGAAAUUAUUUCCGCUUGAACCGUGCAGUGUAAAUCCAGCCUUGGUGUCACUCAGGAUUCGGGAAGUUUGCCUGUGAAGUCGCGUGCCACUUUUUACCCCCCCCGCUCGGAUUUCUUCUUCCAAAGUGCGUUUUAUGUGCCUCGAGGCCGACGGAAAGAAGCAAUUGUAACUCCCGUCAAGGCUCCAUAAUCACACGCAAAUACUGUUCAAACUGUAAAUGUUCUCGCACCGCUUGGGGCUCCGUUGGGGCUUUUAUUACUUACUAUUUUUUUUUUUUUUGCAAUAACUUAUUAUCAUGUCAUGUAAAAAAAAAAAAAAAAAAAAAGAUGGAUAACUACAUAUGGGGACUGGCAUGCCAAAAUGAUCAAACAUAGUAAAUCGACAACUCCUCCGGAAGCUGUGGUUAUGAUUGGGAUGUACGCUGGUUAUAAAAAGUCUACACACCUCUGUUGGGUUGCCAUGUUUUUGUGAUGUAAAAAAAAAAAAAACAAACAAAAGUGAGCUGAAGAGAAUUUUUUUAAAUGUUAUUUUUCCACCAUGAAUGCAUACUAUAAUCUGUAGAAAUGAAAAUGAGAGUGGAGGACAAUCAUAAACAUUUUAGUGUUGAAGGUUUUUGAAUAGAUUUGUGUGGUGUCAUUAUUUUUAAUAUCACACAAUCCGAGCAUUUGAAUGUUUAGAUUUUAAAUCGGUUACGGUUUAACUCAUGUUGGGAUACUGAGUGGGUCCAUGGCAAAAAGACAAAAAAAAAAAACCUCCCCAGUUUGCGAACCUCCGCUGUCAACGACCAUCGUCAGAAAAUGACUAUCAGAACAAUAAUAAUAUUUAUGGUGAUUACAAUGUACCUGUCCAGUUAUUGUGUUCUAAUCAUGUCUAGCAGGGGUGUCAAACUCAUUUUUGUCACGGGACACAUUUUACUGACGGAGGGCCAUUAUGACUGUCAAACCAUAAAACUUUUGCCGGCCCACCCAAUUUCCAUAUGAAAUUUAUGAACUUGUUUUGGAAUCCGAAAUCGAGAGUAAUGGGUUUUUCAACUGUUGCGUGGUAGCACAGAAAUGUUUGCAAUAUCUCAACGUUAUCAUUUAUGAUAUGACCAUUUGAAAUUUUGGUACGGAUUCAAACAAAAAAUCAUGAAAGUUGGUACACAUGAUUUAUGUUCGCGGGCCACAUAAAAUCAUGUAGCGGGCCGUAUCUGGCCCCCGGGCCUCGGGUUUUUUCACCUGUGACAUGCCUCGUUGUUAUUCUACUGAUCUGUUUUUCUUAUAAGCUCAACCAAAAAAAUCCCCCCAAAUUCAUCCCACCGCGUGCAUUUGUGAAAGUGGAUCACAAAGGAGGCCGCGCCGCGCCAGUGAUCCGCUCGACGCGGUGCCACGCGAGGCGUUUGAUGCCUGCCGAGGAGCUGCGAGCGGAGGAGGCGGCCCACCGGGGGGUCUCCGCUGCGAUUCGUUUCGCUUCGUGCACGCGCAAAUUCCGCCCGGCUGUGGCAAAGCCGUAUUCAGCCCCCAAACCUCCCGACCGGAGCUGCUGAGCAUGUGUUGUAUUUGUUUUUGAUUUCAGGGUGAAUAAUUUAGAUUUAUGAUGACACGAAUAGCAAAAAGUUACAAGUGUGAACCUGCUCACAGUUGCAGAUUUUUACAUUUUUUUUUUUUUACGGAACUUGCGCUCUUUUAUUCACUGAAAAUGUCACCAUUUGCCGUUUUUUUCUCCUCAGGCCAAAGCAACGCUCGGUGCCAUGAAACUAUGUUGAAGUGACUUUGAGGCAUUUCAUGUCGUGCUUUUGUUGCCAUCUUGAGAAAUUUGUCACAAAGAAAUUUCUCUUGAAGUGAGUUGAAGAGCUUCAUGUUGGGCUUUGCAGCCAUUCUGUGGUAUCGAAUUGUCUAGUUUGCGUGUUCUCCCUGUGCGUAUGUGGGUUUUCUCCGGGUGGGCACUCCAGUUUCCUCCUACAUCUCAAAAACAUGCAACAUUAAUUGGACACCGAUCAAUGUGCCCUCCGAUUGGCUGGCAACCAGUUCAGGGUGUGUCCCGCCUCCUGUCCGUUGAUGGCUGGGAUAGGCUCAGGCACUCCCCGUGACCCUCGUGAGGAUAAGCGGCGAAAAAAAUGGAUGGAUGGAUCGUUUACACCUUGGUGCUUUUUGUGGCCUACCAAAGCAAAUGAAGUGUGUUUACUUUGUGUUUCUUGCUAAAUGGAUUUGUUUUCAU